UUGUUCAGUUUCCCCUGGUUCACAUAUAUGCGGCCGUGCGGGCUGCGUUUUGCACGGCAUGAGAGCCUAUUCAUUUGAAUGGACUCCCGUGCCCCGUGACAUGCAGGGAAGAAGUCCCUGCACUUCUUCUGAAAACGCAACCCACACGGGAACCUCUGUUCCCAGUACGACUGUGUUUUCCAUGGCUGGCGGCGUGCCAUUAGAACUAUUGGCACCCGCCUGCUGGUCCAUAUUGCUCUAUGUGGCUGCACAGAUUUUUGUGCAGAUCCGCAGCAGCACCACCCGCACAGAUGUGAACCAA